GAGUGCAAAUUUUUCGAAUGAAACCAGAUCUUUAAUUGAUGAAGAGUUUUAUCCGACAGAUAUUCCUCUUAAUAGCUUUGAAUAUGAUUCAGAAAGUUCUAUAGAGAAUGGACAUACCUCCCGUAUACUAUCACCAAUACCAAGGAGGUAUGACCCUACACUUACCAACGUUUUUUCCACAGCUCCACAUAGUACAUUGGUCGGCGAAAGUGGAGAUCGAAUUGAUGUUGAUAGUAAUGCAAAUAGUAAUUAUAGUAGAGGAGAAACUAUCAGGCAAGAACAACGAAGUUCUGCCUCUGGAGAG